AUGACUAACGGUGGUGGUAGUGGUAGUGGUAGUAGCAUUUUUUCCAAUAUUACUGCUUGUACUAAUGCUAUUACCUGUGGUACUUUUGCCUACAUUACUACCUGUGCUAAUACUACUACUUGUACUACCGUUGCUGCUUGUACUGAUGUUGCUACUUAUACGAAGAUGUUAAAUCAUUAA